UUAGAUAUCCAUGAAACCUCUCUCUAUCUCCCUCUCCCUCCAUUUUUAGUCUUUCAUAAUCCAGACGCCAAGGCCAAAAAGAAGAAAGGAAAUUAAGAGAGACAUACACACAUAAGGUUCUUGAUCAUUCAUCUUUGGUAGUACUACAAGACAGGGAUCGAUUAAUCCGAGAGGAAGAGGAGUCGAUCAAUUACGUUUUGGCGUUAGCGUUUGGGAGCUAGGGGUCGUCCGGAGAUGAAAUCGCCAUUGCGGAGGCUGCGGGGCUUUGGCCACCACUACCCCAGGGAGCGGAAGGCGCACCACCCGCCGCCCGCCAAGCUCGACGAGCUCGCCGACGCCGCCCAGGAUGUGGAAGAAAUGAGGAACUGUUAUGAUUGCCUGCUUUCGGCUGCAGCUGCUACAACAAAUAGCGUAUAUGAGUUUUCUGAGGCUUUGGAGGAAAUGGGAAGUUGCUUACUUACAAAAACUGCUCUAAAUGAUGACGAUGAUGAUAGUGGUAGAGUGCUGAUGAUGCUCGGAAGGGCCCAGUUUGAACUAACAAAGUCUGUGGAUAGCUAUCGUACAAAUAUCAUUCAUACAAUCACGACCCCGUCGGAGUCUCUUCUCAAGGAGCUACAAACUGUAGAGGAAAUGAAGCAACAAUGUGACAUGAAAAGGGAUGCGUACGAAGCCAUGAGGUCAUCUUAUAGAGAAAAAGGGCAGUCAAGGAAUCCCAAAACCGAAUCGUUCUCCACAGAACAGCUGCAAGCUUCUUUUGUUGAAUACCAAGAGGAUGCAGCGCUGUUCAUAUUUCGCUUGAAAUCGUUGAAGCAAGGGCAAUUCCAUAGUCUUUUAACACAGGCUGCUCGCCACCAUGCUUCUCAGUUGAGUUUUUUCAGGAGAGGACUUAAGUGUCUUGAGUCGCUUGAACCUCACGUAAAAGCAAUAGCCGAGAAACAUCACAUUGACUGUCAGUUCGUCGGCCUUGAGGAUAAUGAAUCUGACAACGAUGGUUCCAGCUCUUACCAGGAUACUUGUAGCGAUGAUGGAGAACUGAGUUUCGACUAUGAAAUAAAUGAUAGAGACCAAGCUUUAAUUGGUUCAAGAGGUUCAAUGGAUUUGGAUAAAGAAGAUUUUCCUGAGGAGCUCGGCGAGUGGAAGAAGCAGGCUGGGAUAACUUCCCCAACGCCAGUAAAAGAGAUCAUGCAGGAAGAGGUGAAACUGUUGACGAAGGCAGAGACAGUAGCUCCACAAGUGAAACCAGAGAUCAGUACACAUUCAGCUCCAAUUUUUGCUGACCAUUUUCUUGAUCAAACUGAGAGGCUUCGGCAACUGAGACCAUCUUCAGCCAAGCAUUCAUACAAACUACCAACACCAGUCGAUGAUAACUACCCCAGAUCAGCGGUUGUUCACAGAUCACAUCAUUCUGCACAGUUCUUUGAAAGUAAACCCAGAGCUGCAGCCAACUUGUGGCAUUCAUCUCCACUGGAAAAGGCAAGCACCGUCAGACUACCAUCAAGUUCUGAUUUUAAUAAAAAGUUAAAGAGGGAGGCCUGGUCUGGUCCAAUUCCGGGUAAAGCAGGAUCAAGCAAGUCCUUAUUUCAACCUGAUCAGAGUUCAUCCACGGGCCAACAUCCUCAUGACAUGCCGGCGAAAUCGUAUGGCCACGCUCGGCAGUCGUCAUCCCUUUCCCCCAAGAUGUCACCACUUUCAACAGUAUCCCCAAAGAUCAGUGAGCUUCAUGAACUGCCUAGGCCUCCAGCCAAUGUGGAGCCCCUUCGUCCUUCUGGCCUGGUUGGCUACUCUGGUCCUCUGGUAUCAAAGCGUCAAGCUCCUAUGGCGCCGGCCCGUGCCUCACCAACAGCAUCGCAGACAGCUUCGCCGCUUCCGCGACCGCCUGCUGCCUUUGCACGCAGUUACUCCAUACCCUCCAACAGCCAAAGAAUACCCAUCGUUACUGUGAAUACUUUGCUGCUGGAUGCUAGAAAUAGCAGAGAGGGCAGUGAAGUUUCUUCCCCACCACUGAUUCCUUUGUCAUUUGCUGAUUUGUCUCAACGGUCAACAGCCAAAACAACUAUGGGAAGCACAAGGAGAAAGGAAACCUUGUGACAACUACCUGCCGGUUGCAAACUGUUCUUAGACAAUUUUGUAUGUAAUUAGGGGUGUACUAUAGGUUCUUGUUCACAAUAUUCUUUGGCUUUAACGUCUCUCUUGUGAAAGAAAUAAAAUAAAGGCGGCGAAGCAAUGUAAUACGAGUCUGUAGUGGGAAAAAUACUUUGAUCUAUUGGCUGUGGUAUAUGUAGCUAGUUCUUAGAUUAGACAGUUACAGUGUUAGUUCCGUCUUUCCCCCCUCCCUUCCUUUCCAGAUAUUAUUAUGAUGAUUACUCGGUAUUACGGAAACUCGA